UGUCCGCGUUAACUUGUUGCGGACGUACGUCUAUAACUUUCUCGUAUUACACGACGACGUCACCCCCGCUUGUCGAAAACUAUUUUCUGUGUUUAACGGUGGGACAUUAUGUGAUAAAGUUUCAUCGGCCCUUUUCGUACGGAAAAUGGAUGAAGUUAAAUUCGCCGCGCACUGUUUGCUGCAGAUGUCGCACGGCAAACACAUAAACAGACCCCUGGACUUGUCCAAUAAAGACUUCGGACAGAGUCCGGCGGUAGUUGUCGAAAAGAUACCCGCAUUUGAGGACGACGACGACGACGACGUAAGCGACAAAAGCAGGGAGUCUUCGUCGUACAUGGUGGCGAGAAUUUUGACCGAUCUGACCAGAAUCGAGCAGGAGCCCGUUCCAGAAGUCCCAUCGGAUACGGAGAAACGCACGAAGAAGAGACCGGAUCGGUACGACAACCAAAACAAACCUCCUGUUGUCAACAAAGCGGUAAACAGGGUAGUUACCGGAGCAACGGUUACCAAUCGGAGUAAAUACGAUGUUGGUUCGCCGAUUAAAAGGACCUCCCUUUCCCGGAUUCAGUCGUCUAUGAGAUUCGGCUCGUUGAGCAGGAAGACCCACCGGUGCUCGUACGAGGGUUGCCACAAAGUUUACGGCAAGAGCUCGCACCUCAAAGCCCAUUUGAGGACGCAUACAGGGGAGAGGCCGUUUCCUUGCAGUUGGGACGGUUGCGGCAAACGGUUUGCAAGAUCCGACGAAUUGGCGAGACACACCAGGACGCAUACGGGAGAGAAAAACUUUGCUUGUCCCGUGUGCAACAAGAAGUUCAUGAGGAGCGACCAUCUAAGCAAACAUGCGAGAAGACAUCCGAAUUUCGACGCGUCGGUUCUGAGGCAAAGGAGGGCGUCGAACAGGGCGUUUUCCAUCAAUUCCAGCGACGGCACGCCUUCGGAAGUGCUGUCCGACUCGAUGUCCAGCCCAUAGAAGCGAAUUUGCUUUGUAAAUAUGUAAAUACCGUUGCUGGACGCACGUCAUAACCCCACUCCAAGGUUGGGAGUCUAAAGAGCUACCGCCAGUCAUCAAGAUUCAUUUCAAGAAGCCUCAUGAUGUUAUAGAUAGCCCCGCUGUUGCUGUCCUUUUGUGAACUGUCAAAAUCAUUACCAAUCAUCAUCGCGCGUAAUCAAAAAUCGUAAACGUAUAUUCCUGCUGAUGUUUUAAAACCCCGGAGAUCCCAAUAGAUGUACAGCGUUUGAGUUUAUUCUAAGCACGGGGACUAGUUAGAGCAGCAGCAACAAUCCUUUUCGCGACUUACCUUUUGCAGGACUAAAAAGUAAUCUGCUCGUUUGCGUAGACUAUUAAAUUUCGCCGACAGAUUUGAAAGUCACUUUUCCCAUUGUCAAAAAAUCUGUUCUUUAGUUUCAUUAAACGGUUGAUGGCAUACUCUAAUAAAAAGAACUGCUUUAAACUCGACCUUGUUGCAAUCAAAUUUACUCUCCCUGUAAAUAAAAAUGAUGAAAAAUCGUAUAGGUAGACUUGCUACAGCCAACGAGACGAAAACUUGUAUUGUAGAUCAGGUGACAGCUGCUCUUAUUUCUUGGUUAGUCAAAAGACCACCUCACUCGACAGUAUUCUUCUCCUUCAUUUUUUUUUUCAUUGAUUUAAUUUUCGGUUGUGUGCAAAUUAGUGCUUUAGGUAUGUGAAAAUUUGUUUAAAUAUGAUUGUUUUCUUUUCUGCUUUACUGUCAUUUUUACGUCAUUUCUACAAUUUUUAAUGUUUUACUUCUUUACUUGUUUCAAUGUUUUCAUAGGGUCACCGAUCUAGGUUGUAACAUUUAUAUUUAUACAGGGUGGUCCCCAAAUACGAUCCGGUAUUUAAGGCGGUGUUUAUUUUAAGUCCACAAAAGAUAAAUUCAAAACUUAAAGUGUGAUUUUUCUUAAAAAAACAACAAUCAACAUAUGGAUGUGUUACAAAAGAAGAUUCAUAUAUUCCAUGUAUUCGAUUCCGUGAAUAUAAUGAUGUAUGUACCGGGUGGGCAAUUCACUAUAAAUAAAAUUUAUUCCCUCGAAAAAUUCGUUCAACGAUAUCACUUUCAUUGCAACAAAAUAUAGCCAAAUAAGAGUCUAACAAGCUAGUGAAAACCGCAUUUCGAUAUCUUUACCCUAACCUAUAGUAAAUUAAAAAAGUAAAAGAAUUACAAACUGUUGUCAGUAUACCAAAUCAAAAUAUAUAUAAAUGUAUAAAUGAAACCAAGUAUGCUUUGAAAAAAAUAUAUAAAAAAUUAUAAUGAUGGUGUUAAUUAGAUUAUAAUGAUAUGUUUCGUGUUUAUUUUCAACAUUAAAAACUCAACCGAAUCUCUGCGAAACUAAACCAGAAUUUAGAAUUUCCAAAAUUUCAAAACUCCAUUGUUUUCCAGUAACUUUACACUUGUGUUUACGUGAAAUGUUGGUCUAAUAAUUCCUUAAAUAACGGAACAUAUACUUUGGGGACUACCAUUUAGUUUGAGCUUACCGUUAGGGCUUAUUUUCCUAAUUGUAAAAUCCAAAAAAAAACAAAAACACCCCGAGAAAUUAUUUUUGUAAAUAUAUAGAUCCAUAUCCAUGUUGUCUGUUACGUUUUAGGAGAAUGUAAAUCGGCAUAUUGAAGAUUUUUGUUACACUAGUGUGUAAGGUGUCGAGACAAAUAAAUUUAGUACUUA